CUAUGUUUAGAGUGUUCGUGGAUUUGUUUCGUGUUCAGAUACGUAAAAGGGACAAUACUUUUCUAGACAAGACUUCGUGUUACCCCCACCUACUCGGCCGAGUGACUGGCGUUCGUUUUCACUUUUCGACCAAAAACUAUUGUCUGUUACUUUAAACCCGAGUUAGUACACCAUAAAUGCUAAGCUAACUUUGGUUGUUAGCUUUACAUUUAGUUUCAUACCAGUGUUUUGUACCCUGUCGUUUAAAAGGGACAAUGGGAGACGUCGGCGUGGUACUUUAUCUGCUGGAAGUUAAAGCCUUCUAGCCACAUAGUCAUCUUUUGUGAGCUGUCGGCCUUCAGAGGCCGGGGGGCUAAGGUAGCUACACUUGGCUGUGUGAAGCGUUAGCUGGCUAGAGGCUAACUGUUAGCUGCAGCCGGCAGAUGCGUCUUUACGCAGCUAAGAAUGUUGAUGUGUUCCUGUGAAAAAGUGGAUUUUAACAUUACUUCCCGCACUGUCGCUCGGCUUGUUUUCGAAGCCGAGCAAGAUAACCGAAACGGAGGAAACUCAUCCAAUGGGAGGUAGCUACUUCCAGACACAGAUCUGUCUUUGUCUGAGACUUCAACUCUUGCAAAGAUGAGCCUGAUUAUGCAAAUGCAGACUUGCAGUCUGCCAAAGGGAAGGGAGCAGGGGAAUACUGAAGAAAGAGAAUGCAAGAGGUGCUGAGGAGGAAGGGGUGAAGUUCUAUAAGCUUAACACAAGAAAAAGGACGAUGGAGCAUUAAGUCACUCUUUCGCCAACAUAAAUCCAGAUCGGACAACUGGAAAUAGAUUGCCCAAUGAACACAAUUGAGGGGGCAUGUGACAUUAUGUGACAAUCCGUCUAGCUUCCUGUUGCAUCGUUUUCACAUCUACAACAGUGUUGACUUGUGAAAAGCGGUUUCAUCUCUUGGAAAAUGUUUACUUACCCAACACUUAACAGAAAAUAUGGAGUAUACUGAACCAUCUUUACUUUAGGAUAGUGUUACUUUAUGUUAGAUUUGAUUUGCCCAGAGGGACUGUUUUAUUGUGUUUACCCAUCCUGUUUCUAAAAUAAAUCAGACACAAGCCUGACUAGACUAUCUUGGUCUGUCAUCGUGGGUCAAUCUUAACUUUAAAAAUGCAACAAGCCCAUGUCGGUGCCCGUCAUAUGAUUUAAAGAGAAAAGUGAGCCCUGAAAAGCUUUGAAGAUGAAUAUGUCCUCUCCUGUGGGACUAGAAGGCAUCACUCUGGCACAGCCCAUUCCGGUUCCAACGCUGACUAUCCUGCCCCCAUCCUCUGAUACGGAGUCCUGGUCUCGCUCACCUAGCCCCAGACCUUCACGCUCUAGGCGCCAUGGUCGAUCCCACCGCAGCAGGACCCGAACCAGGAAAUGUAAUGAGGAAGAGCAAAGCUGCACUCCUAAGCGACAAUGGUGCAAAACACCGCAUAUUGUAAUAGAGGAAACUGCUGACAAGGGCACUAUUCGACAUCGCAGCCCCUCGCCCUCUCCCUCUGUGGCCAGUCAGAGAGAGGGGGAAGAGCAAAAUGAGGACAGCCCUUCACAGGACCUCCUCCUGCCGCCGUCUCGUUCCUGGUCUCAUAGUCCCUCUCCCAGCCGGCGCUCCCGUUGGUCCCUCAGGAGCCUGCUCAGCAGAGACUCUGACUGGGAGAGCUGCAGUACGGCCAGUAACUCUCCACGUAGCACCCCCGGCAGCUCUCCCUCCCUGCGGCGCAGGGUCCUCGGGGGAGGCAGGGCCAGUGAGAGUGAGGGAGGAGGAGAGAAGAGCAGCAUUGGAGGAGGAGGCGGUUCAGAUAGCCCUCUGCCCUCCAUACCUUCUGCCUCCUCCCUCACAUCUGCCUACCCACUUGCUUCUCGCCACUUCAGCCGCAAUGCCAAGAAAAUGCAGAGCUGGUACAAUGUUCUCAGUCCUACAUACAAACAGCGGAACGAGGACUUUCGUAAACUCUUUAAGAAACUUCCUGACACAGAGCGACUUAUAGUGGACUACUCUUGCGCUCUGCAGAAAGACAUACUGCUUCAGGGCCGCCUUUAUCUGUCAGAGAAUUGGCUCUGUUUCUACAGUAACAUCUUCCGCUGGGAAACCACUAUCACUAUCCUGCUGAAAGACGUGACCUCUAUGACCAAAGAGAAGACUGCCAAGCUCAUCCCAAACGCCAUCCAGAUCAGCACUGACAAUGAGAAGCACUUCUUCACGUCUUUUGGAGCAAGGGAUCGCAGCUUCAUGAUGAUUUUCCGUCUGUGGCAGAACGCACUGUUGGAAAAGUCUCUAUCCCCUAAGGAGCUCUGGCACAUCGUACACCAGUGUUACGGCACUGAACUGGGCCUCACUAGUGAAGACGACGACUAUGUCUCCCCCACCACCGAACACAUGAACGGCCUACUGCCAGGAGACGACUCUGUGUCGGUUACAGACUUGCUAGACCUGAGCUCAGUGUCGGUUCCCUCUACGGGCAGCUCUCCCCCUCCCCUGGUGCCCUGUGGUCUAGCCAGAGCUCCCUCCGCUACCAACCUUGCGGGCUCCUCUCUCCCUUCCUCUGCCUCCUGUCUGCCCAUAGAGGUACCUUCGUCUUCUGGACGCAGACUCAGCUCUGACCCCAUCGAACCCAGCCCGCCCAGCUCCCACGGUUCAAUGCCAUCCACCACUCCCACCAACGCCUCUGCCUCUGCUCCAGCCUCUACUGCUGCUUCCUUUAAUCUGGAAGAGGGUGUGGACAGCCUGUCCGAAACAGCCAAUCACAUGCUGCUCCCACCAACCACCAGUCUGGGAAACCUCUCCUCAUUGGACAUCACCAACGAUGAGGACCUGCCCACAGAUCCCAGCAACUCCUCUGACACGCAAGAAGAGAGUGAGGUGGAGUCGUUCUGCACUGACUUGAGCGGGCGGCUGCACAUCAACACGGCGGUCCGCAUGAGUGUAGACAAGCUGCACGACCUGCUAUUCUCUGCUGACACACACUUCAUCCAGCACCUCUUCUCCCAACGACACUUUACUGACCUAUCUGUCCGUGAAUGGCAGCACGACAGCAGCAGUGGGAAUUUCAGCCGUGUGCUUAGCUACACCAUCGCCCUCAACAACCCUCUUGGCCCUAAGACUGCUCCUGUGGUGGAGACACAGACGUUGCAUAAGAGCAGCGCCCGGGGCGAGUGCUACGUGGUGGACUCGGAGGUCAUCACCUCAGGCAUCCCCUACCAGGACUACUUCUACACUGUCCACAGAUACUGCCUCACCUCCAUCAACAAGCACAAGAGUCGGCUCAGAGUUUCCUCAGACAUCUGCUACAGGAAGCAGCCGUGGAGCCUGGUGAAAGCAUUGAUUGAAAAGAACACCUGGAGCGGCAUUGAGGAAUACUACAGACAUAUGGAGAGCGAGGUGAGCAAGCUGGAGACGCUAAUGCAGACUGAGGUUUCAGUGGUAACCACAGGCGAAGCAGUGGGCGCAGACGCUGCCAAGACCCCGCCGGCCUUGCGCCGCCGUAAACGCACGUGCUCUCGACGGCAGGGCGACAAGGAGCGAGAGAGGGAGGGAGGAGGCAUGGGCAGCGGAGAUCGAGGGGACAGAGGAGUCGGAGAGGAGAGGGACAGGAGAGACGCCAGUGCUCCGUAUAUAAAGCUGGGAGACCGUUCACGGGGUGAAGGUCCUCACAGUAUAUCCACCAUCCUCCUCAUCGUCAGCUUCAUGAUCUGUAUCAGUCUGGUGGUGCUGGUGGCCCUCAACAUGCUGCUCUUCUACAAGCUGUAUGCUCUGGAAAGAGCGGCCCAUACACUGGAGACAUGGCACUCCUAUUCUGUUGCUGACAGUCCUUUGCCCCAGACAGCUGGAGAGUGGGCUCAGGUCUUACAGCUUCAAAGGCAAUUUCACCAGGCUCAGCUCAGCAAGUGGCAGCAGAUCCUGCAGUCCUCUGUCACGCUUCUCGACCAGAUGAAGCAGUCUUUAGAAAAGCUCCACCGGGGUAUCGUGGUCCCAGAGGUGCAGCAGGAUCCCCCAGAUGACACCCACACACCCUCAGAGUCCCCAACUGAGGCCUGAGCCGGGCCCCCACCCCUGACUGUCUCACAUCUCUGAACAAACACUGGUAGGCUGGUAGACUAGAAAAGGGGCACACAGUGUGUUCUUUCCCUCAUUUUUCAAUCGAAAAUACCAGGAGUAGGGACAGGGCAGGGGGACUGCAUUACCCACAAUUCUCCUUUCCAGACUGACUUGAAAUGGCGACGUUCGGCUUCCGCCUCAACCAGUAACAUCUUCAGUGAACUCGUUCCGACUGGAAGCCUUCAGGACCACAGCAAUAAUUUACCUGCAGCUGCAAGUCCCCUGUACAUAGUGAAUGGGAACGGGCCACUGGUGGGCCCAUUCAGACAUCCACUCUUCAAGAAUCACAGAGACAUUUCAAAAUAGCCAACCGCAUUUCAGAAUAACUUUAAAUCAGACCUCCUUAUUUUCAUAACCCUACAUUUUAUGACUAUCACAGACUUCAGAUCCUCUUCUGACAUUGCAACAUUUCCUCUGGAUCAAUAAUUCUGGAAAGUGGGAGCUCUUCAUCCUAGUCCUGAGAACAGUUAGGUACCUUUGCCUCUAUAGUGAACGCCUGCUGAAACAAAAAUGGGGGCGCCACCUGCUGUGCGGAUGUGACAAACAAACACCCAAAUAAGAGAGAGAGGAGAGGGAGCAGGACGCCUCUCUCGCUCUUUCCGUCUGGGAUUUGUUCCCCCAUGUUCGAGUUAAGCCCCCUCAAAGGCCCUGAAUACUCCACAAAAGGGGACGAGAAACAUUUCAACACCAGGCACUUGACACUAGUUUUAGAUGUAAGUUAUUCAUCUGAAGAUCAAUCUCAAACACCAUCCCACUCCUCCCAAUCCCUUGGGAGUUUUAAAGAAAAAUCUUUUUUUCAAAAUCAGUGUGUUGGGACAUUUGUUAGGACAGCAAGCUGCAUCUGACUGGACUGUUACAGUAUUUAUUAUUAUCAGUGACUUUUGAUCUGAAGUCCUGUCUUGCUCUGAAGAAGUCCUUUGGUGGGUAUGUUGUGCUCUGAUUUGCUGUUGCAGUGCGGACCAAGAGGAGCUACACGAGAAUGAUUACUGGUCACAGCAAUAAUGACAAUAGUGAUGCUAGUACUUUUUGAAUGUUUCAAACAAAGUAGUAUAUAAUAUUAAUAUUGGUGAAUUUUGUGUGAAUGUGUCUAGAGGCAAGUGGGGAAAAAAAGAAUAAGCAAAGAUUUUGACUGACAGAUGUGUGCGUGCGUGUUCACAAGAAGUCCUCAAUGUUUCAGAUGUUACAUGUUCAUAUUUUUGGAGUUUAUUUGGAUAUUUCCUUUUUGGUUUGAUAACUCACUCGUUGUAUCACACAGCCAGACAUUAACAGUUAAGGAUUUACGGUAGACUGGAUCAGGUGGAAACCAAAAUACCGGAACAGUCGGCGAGUUCGUUGUCCAACUGGGACGGCGGCUUCAAAACAAAAGGACCAAUCAGAACUGUAUAGGCCCAGGUG